AUGAAACCAGAACAAAUCUCAGACAACGCAGAAGCGACAAUCAAUGAGCAGGCAGUCAAAGUACGAAACUGGGGCCGUUGGGGAACCAAUGAUGUUCUAGGAACUCUCAACUUCAUCACCCCCGAAAAACGACGCAAUGCUGCCACCCUUGUCAAGAAGGGGAUUUCAAUCAGUUGCGCCAUGGAAUUUAAUAAUCGUGGGCCUCAAACUGGUCUUCAUGGACGUACGAAUCCGUUGCAUACAAUGCUGCUCACCGGUCUCGACGACCAAUCCAAACUCCUCCCUCACGGAGUCGGUUUCGCUGACGACGUGAUCUCCAUGCCCUUACAAGCUGGAACACAGUGGGAUGGACUGGGCCACUGUUUCGAUCACGGACAUGCAUUUAAUGGACGUCCGAUGGGGAUUGUUACCUCUUUUGGAGAUCAAGUAACAGGCAUCGAAACAGCGCGCUCACAAAUCGUGUCCCGGGGCGUCCUCCUUGACGUUGGUCGCGCAUACGGUGACGAGCACGGUGAACUCGAAGACGGAUUCGCCAUCAAACCGGAGCAUUUGAAUGGAACUAUUGCCAAGCAAGGAAAUAUUACUGUUGGCACUGGUGAUUUGGUGCUGGUUAGGACAGGGCAGAUGAGUCGGUGUAAACGUUUAAAGGCGUGGGGAGGAUAUGCAGGUGGCGAUGCCCCUGGAAUCUCAUUCACAUCCAUUCCCUGGCUGCACGAAAAGGAAAUCGCUGGUAUCGCGACCGACACGUGGGGGUUCGAAUGCAGGCCUAACGAGAUGCCGGAUGCGUUUCAGCCUGUGCACCAAAUCGUGAUUCCUAAUAUGGGGUUAUUCAUUGGUGAGAUUUGGGAUCUGGAUGCGCUCGCUGAUUCGUGUGCUGAAGAUAACGUGUAUGAGUUCAUGUUGGUUGCUGCGCCGAUUCCGUUUACUGGGGCUGUUGGUGGACCGGUCAACCCAAUCGCGCUCAAAUAA